AAUAAACGGAGAAAUAUCCCAAACAAAAAACCCAAAACCCUACCUGUUAAAACCCUGCCCUCCAUUUCCCAGCUCUCUCACUCUUGCUAAGAGAGAGAAACAAAAACACACAGAUAGAGAGAGAGAGACUGAGCUACUCUCCUCAGUCCUCAUUCGCCACCGCCCCUACAAUGGAUAAUUCAGCUCAAUAAAGCUUGAAACGAAACUAAUUAUGGCAAACAAAAAGGGAAAGAAAAAUCGGCAGAGGAGUAAUCAGGAAUUCGGAAAUGGCAAAGGAAUUCAUAAUUCGCGAAGCAGAGCUGCUGAUCAGAAGACGAAGAGCAAGCGGAAUCAACAGAUAUUUAUGAAUGAGGAUGAUUACAGGCACCGGCUGCAGGAGGUUUUGUACACUCCGGCGGAUAUCUUCGCCAAAAUUUUCAGGAAGGACGGUCCCCCGCUCGGCGAUGAAUUUGAUUCUCUUCCGUCUAAUGCUUUUCCAGGCGGUCCCAGAAGGUCUCAUCUAGAAGAGAAUCGACUUUAUAAAAGAAGAAAGGUUUCCAUGCAUGCCAAUGAUGCCAUGUCAGACUACGAAACUUGUUGUGAGGGCAGUCCACAUGUUCAGAGGCAUGGCAUGGGGAAAGGCCCAAUGACUGCACAUGGUGGUCCAGUAAAGAAAUAUGGCAUGGGGAAAGGUUUAAUGACUAAAGACAGUGUUCGAAGAAAUAAAUAUGGCAUUGGCAAAGGUUUGAUGAUGAUAGGCCGAGGUACAAAUCCUGGUGCAAGAGAUUUGCAAUAUGGUGCUUGUAGCAGUGGGAGUGUCAUUCAAAAGAAGAAGAAACGAGCACAGCCACGAGAGUCUAUUCUGAAAAAAUUGGCAAACAGAGAAAGGGCUAAAAGGAAGGCUUCAUUGAGAUGUAAAAAGGUGGAACCCCAGAAAAUCCUGAAGCGGAAGAAGCCUCACAAGGAAAAAUGUGAACUUGCUCUUGAAGAAAUGAAUUGUAUAGAAAACACAGAAUUUGCAACAUUACUAGAUGACGAGGAACUGGAACUUAGAGAAUUACAAGUAGGACCAAAUCCGUUAUCUUGUUCAGCUCAUUUUACAACCAGUGGUUCUCAUGGUUGCUCCCUUUGCAAAGACUUGCUUGCCAAGUUCCCUCCAAGUUCUGUCGCAAUGAAGCUACCUUUGUCAAUACAACCAUGGGCUUCCUCGCCAGAACUAGUAAACAAACUCUUUAAGGUAUUCCAUUUUAUUUGUACGUACGCUGCAACAAUUGGCACACGUUCGUUCACCUUAGAUGAGUUUGCACGAUCGUUUCAUGAUAAGGAUUCUUUGUUGCUUGGUCUAGUGCAUGAGGCCCUCCUCAGCCUACUUUUUUCAGAUAUUGACAAGGAGAUAAAUAGAGGAUUUUUCUCUCAUGCUAGCAAAAAUGGCAAAUAUUUGGAGUUGAUUCAUUCGCUUGAACAUCAUAGUGUGGUUUUGGAGUUCUGGCAGAAGUCACUGAACCUCCUGACAUGGAUAGAAAUAUUACGUCAGGUGUUGACUGCAGCUGGUUUUGGUUCUAAGCUUAAUAUGACAAGGAAAGUAGCGUGCUGUAAGGAAGGCAAUGUCAUGGAUAAGUAUGGCUUAAGUCCUGGGACAUUGAAGGGAGAAUUAUUCAGUAUUUUGUUGACCCGAGGAAAUAAUGGAUUGGAAGCCUCUGAGUUGGCAAAAUCUUCAAGUAUUGUUGAUUUAAACCUCACGGAUACAGUCCAAGACUUGGAGAAUUUGAUCAUCUCAGCUCUCUCCAGUGAUAUAACAUUGUUUGAAAGGAUCUCCAUGUCGGGAUAUCGUUUGCGGAUCCACACUGUUGAAAAAGAAUCUGAAGAUUUUCGAUCUGAUUCUGAUGAUUCAGGGUGUGGAGAUGAUGUUUCUGAAGUUACUGGUGGAAAUGAUGCAAAUGAUUCUGACUACGAGUCUAGGGAUACCAGUCUCUCCAAAACUGAUGUUAGUAAAUCAAACAGUAACCUUCCGACUGUAUACAAUGAGAUUGAUGAGAGCCAUCCUGGAGAAGUGUGGCUAUUAGGACUGAUGGAGGGUGAAUACUCAGACUUAAGCAUAGAAGAGAAGCUCAAUGCCUUAACAGCGUUGAUUGAUCUAAUUCGCGCUGGAUGCAGCAUCAGAAUGGAGGAUCCCUUGACCUCAAGCGCAGCAUGUCCUCCAAAUAUCAAUCAUUAUGGUUCUGGUGCUAAAAUAAAGAGAUCAACAGUGAAGCCUGUGGCAUUAAGUUGUGGUUUGCAACAAAGAUCUAGUGGACUCGACAUAAAUACACCAGACCCGAUUGAUUCUUUGGUUCUUAUGUCAAAGAUUGAUGGCAUGGGGAAGCAUGCGAACAUGAUAAACAUUGCAGACCAAGUGGAAGCAGAGGAAUUUUUACAUCCUAUGCAGUCUAUCUACCUUGGCUCUGAUCGUAGGUACAACAGAUACUGGAUAUUCUUGGGCCCUUGUGAUGAAUUUGAUCCUGGACACAGGAGGAUUUACUUUGAGUCUUCAGAAGACGGUCACUGGGAAAUGAUUGACACUAAAGAGGCUUUGUAUUCAUUGUUGUCUACUUUAGACCAAAGGGGUGCCCGGGAGGCUCGCCUUCUAGCUUCCUUGGAAAUACGAGAAGCAAUUCUGAACCAAACAAUGUCCAGUGCACCAAUUGAUAGUGAAAAUUGUCAUCUGCCCCAGUCUGAAUUAAAUACUUGUAGGGAAGAUAGCUCCUCUCCGGUGUCUGACGUAGACAACCGUUCUAGCUUCGGGGAAAUGCAAAAUGAACUUCCUGGUUCUAUUGGCACUGCAGCUGUAGAAGCUGGGAAGAAAGGAGAAAGGCUAGUUGAAAAAUCUGACGAUUCCCAAGCUUUUGGUGCCCGGAUAUGGAAGUCGUUUUACUCAGAACUAAACAGCGUUAAAAAUGGCCAGAAGGCAUACCUUGAUUCACUCAGAAGAUGUGAUCAAUGUCAGGACCUCUACUGGAGAGACGAAAAGCACUGUAGAUUCUGUCAUAUGACGUUUGAGAUUGAUUUUGAUCAAGAGGAAAGAUAUGCUAUUCAUUCUGCAACUUGCCAGGCAAGGAUUGAUGUUAAAAGUUGCCGAAGGCAGAGAGCUCUACCUUCCCAAUUGCAGGCACUCAAAGCUGCAAUCUUUGCAAUUGAGUCGGCUAUCCCAGAAGAUGCCUUGAUGGUGUCUUGGAAAAAGUCUGCUCAUAAUUUGUGGGUCAAUAGGUUGCGACGAGUCUCCAGUUUAAGAGAGUUUCUACAGGUCUUGGCUGACUUUGUAAAUGCUAUCAAUGAAGACUGGUUUUAUCAAAACAGCGGUACCGAUUCCUAUUGCUCCCCCGAUAAAAUAAUUUCCAACUUUUCAGCCGUGCCGCAAACAUAUUCUGCAAUUGCACUUUGGUUGGUAAAAUUGGAUUUAUUGGUGGCCUCUCGCUCUCAUGUGGAAACUGGUCAUUCUGUGGAUAAAUCACUAAUUGCUAACUGAGAGAAAGGUACUCGUUUCUCUAAGUAUAGACCUCCCGUGGCCCUGGAAAAGUGAAAUGAGAAAUGGAAGAAUUAUAAACUUCCUCAAGACCUUUAAGCCCAAGCACGAUGAUCUCUGCCUGCUCGAGAUGAUCCCCACCUGCUCGAGGUUGAAGCAGCUGCAGGCAUUCUUCCAUUCUAAAGAGAAACAGAAUGCCUUUUGGUUUGGGGCUGAGGUUCAGUUAUAUUCCAGUGAUAUAUCAAUCAGUAGGCGGGAUGGAAUCAUUUAGUUUUUACACAAAUUUUGAUCGUUCAUUCAUCUCUGUGAGGAACCUUACUGCUUGUAAAUAAAUAAAGGUUGUUGGUUUCACAGUGUUUUUAGUAAUAUCUGUUAGUGCAUUGUUUCCGUUCUUUU